GUGUAUAUUGAGUAUAAUUUUAGUUACUGGGUGGCAAAAGGAAGUGGUCAUGGGCAAGUGAAGCCUGGAGGAGUACUGGAACCGCGGCCACAAUUCCUGAAGAGUGUGCUGAUAUUAGGAGGGAGACUUCCACGUGGUGCUCUAGCUGACUCACACAAGCAAGCAAGUGCAUCAGCAUCGGACAGGUUACGGAGGAUAGAACAACAUGCCUGCACACUUCCAACUCCUAUAAUACGAUCGAUAAUACUUAGGAUAUUUUCACAUAUUCUUAAUUGGGGGCCAAUCCUACGGUGGCAUAUUCCAAGCAGGGAAGGUGGAGGUGGUGGCGGGGACCUUGGCAAAGAUACCGGUGGUGCACGUGGUGGAGAAGUUGGUGGAGACACUGGUGGUACUCUUUGUGGAGGAACAGCUGGUGGAAGUUUUGGUGGAGAGACCGGUGGUGCCCGUGGAGGAGAAGUUGGUGGCAUUCUUGGCGGAGACAUUGGUGGUGUUUGUGGAGGAGCUGUUGGUGGACGUCUUGGUGGAGACACAGGUGGUACAAGCGUAGGAGAGGUUGGUGGUGCUUCUGGUGGAGACAUAGGUGGUGCCUUUGGAGGAAAUGUUGGUGGGCUUCCUGACGGAGACAUCAGUGGUGCAAGCGGAGGAGAGGUUGGUGGUGUUCUUGGAGGAGACAUAGGUGGUGCUCGCGGAGGAGCUAUUGGUGGUGUUAUAGGUGGAGACAAUGGAGGUGUUUGUGGAGAAACCGUUGGUGGAAUCCUAGGCGGUGACAUGGGUGGUGAUCGUGGAGGAGAGGUUGGUGGUGUUUGUGGAGAAAUUGUUGGUGGUAUUAUUGGAGGAGAAAUUGGUGGUGUUCUUGGCGGAGACACUGGUGGAAGAGAGACUGGUGGUAUUUUGGGAAGAGGCACUGGUGGAAUAGAGACUGGUGGUGUUUUUGGAAGAGACACUGGUGGAAGAGACGUUGGUGGUAUUCUUGGAAGAGACACUGGUGGAAGAAAGACUGGUGGAAGAGACACUGGUGGUAAUCUUGGAAGAGACACAGGUGGAAGAGACACUGGUGGUGUUCUUGGAAGAGACACGGGUGGAAGAGACACGGGUGGAAAAGAUACUGGUGGUAUACUUGGAAGAGACAAUGGUGGAAGAGAGACUGGUGGAAGAGACACUGGUGGUAUUCUUGGAAGAGACACGGGUGGAAGAGAUACUGGUGGUGUUCUUGGAAGAGACACUGGUGGAAGAGAGACUGGUGAAAGAGACACUGGUGGUAUUAUUGGAAGAGACACUGGUGGAAUUGUUGGCGGGUUCCUUGGCGGAGACACGGGUGGUGCACUCAGAGGAGAGGUUGAUGGAGUUCUCGGUGGCGAAACAGGUGGUGUUUGUGGAGGAAUCAUUGGUGAAUUUUUUGGUGGAGACGCCGGUCGUAAACGUGGAGAAGAGGUUGGUGACGUUUUGGCGGAGAAACAGGUGGUGCUAGUGGAGAAAUCAUUGGCGGACUCCUAGGCGGAGACACCGGUG